CGGCUGAUGAAAGCAAUGAAAAUUUGUGAAAAACACGCUGCCGACAAAUACAUCGCUCUAGUAAAUUUUCACAAAUUUGACUGCUUAGUCUUCAAAUAUGUCGGAUUCUUUUGGUGAUAUUUCAAGUUCAAACUUCGGCACGACUCCUGGUGUCAGCGGCAACGCCGACCUUCAAGAAUUCGUCGAGAAAGAGCAACAAAGGGCGCAGUUCAGUGCUCAGGUCCACAACUUCAAUGAUAUCUGUUGGGACAAGUGCGUUGAGAAGGUCGGGACAAAGCUGGACAGCCGCUCCGAGACGUGUCUGGUCAACUGCGUGGACAGGUUUAUCGACGUCUCUCUUUUUAUCACCAACAGAUUCGCACAGCUUCUGCAGAAGAGCGGUGGUGGAAUGUGAAAUUUCACAAAUGGAACGAACGUGAUUUGUUUUAAGCGGACUAUAGUCAAUUUAAUGCGAGAUCUUUAAAUACAUGUCAUUGGAUUGGUGGAAGAGAUCAAGGUCCUGGCCGGAAAAUCAAUUUCAUUCCUCAGGAUUUCCGAGACAGAACCUGGUUGUUUCACUUAAGAGUUUUGGUGUUGUUUAAAAAGUUGGAAUAUAUGUCAGUUAUUCUGAAUUAAACAAAAACAUCUAAUUGACUUUUCAUGAAUUUUUUAUUUCCAUCCGUGAGAACAUAAUUGUUUUGUGUGUGAGGUUGGUAAAUUAAGUAGAGCUGAAAAACACCAGGGGACAUGAAAAAGGGGCAACGAACGCCAGAGGUUCAAGGACAAAAUCUGAUAAAAAUGAUCAUGAGUUGGAGUGAGCGAUUAAAAAUUAAUAAUUAAAAUUCUAGAAUACAAAAAAAA